CACUCUUGCUGCAACAGAAUCAUGGGGACUGAUAACAGCACUGUAUCUAAACGAGCUGAGACUUUAAGAGGAGUGCAACUAGCCUGCCUGGUCAUCUACUGUGUGAUCAUGAUGGUUGGGACAGUGGGCAAUGGUCUAGUCAUCUACGUGACAGGCUUCAGGAUAAAGAGAACAGUCAACUCAGUUUGGUUUCUCAACUUGGCCCUGGCUGACUUCCUUUUUACGGCCUUCCUGAUUUUUUCAACCAUUGCUCUGUCUCAAAGUCACCGCUGGCAAUUUGGACUUCUCAUGUGCAAGCUCAACACCUUCGUGAGUGCAGUCAAUAUGUUUGCCAGCGUCUUUCUUCUGAUGGCCAUAAGUCUUGAUCGCUGCCUGUCCACCUGUGUAGUGGUAUGGGCACAAAACAAGCGCACUGUUUGCAAAGCUCAGCUCAUAACUGUUGCUAUCUGGUUGACGGCUAUGGUCUGCAGCACCCCUUAUGCCACUUUUCGUAAACUUUUAGAACAUAACAACAAUACUUACUGUGUUUAUUCUGGGGACAAUACACAGAAGUGGAUUCUUGUUACUUUUCGUUUCGUUAUGGCCUUCCUCAUCCCAUUCCUGGUAAUAAUGGCCUCUUAUGUGGCCAUAGGUGUUCGUGCAAAGCGCCUGCAAAGGACAAGGAAACGGAGAUCUCGCCGAAUCAUAAUCACUGUCAUUCUGGCAUUCUUCUUGUGCUGGUUGCCCUUUCAUGUUUUUCAAUUUUUAGAAUUAAAAUUUAUUGGAAACCGAAAACUCCAAUCCAUUAUCAUGACUGGAGGUCCUCUGGCUGUGAGUCUGGCUUUUCUGAACAGCUGCCUGAACCCCAUUCUCUAUGUUUUCAUGUGUGAUGAAUUCCAAAAGAGGCUUAAGCAGUCUAUAUGCCAUGUCUUUGAGAGCGCCCUGGCAGAGGACCACUUGUCAUUUAUGUCAUCUCGCUCCUUGUCAUCACAGUUAUCACGGAUUUCCCGGAAGUCUGACUCUGCUGUACCUAUGGAGAGGAAGGGCAAAGUCACUUCCUUCAAAGAAUGCAGAGUCGACGCCACUGAUGAGAGAGACACACUGAGCACUGAAUAGGAAAAGUAGAGCACAAGUGGAAACUUGUACCUGAAACUGAUUCAGAUCGUACUCACAGUUGUUUAAGUGCCUACUCAUGACUAAUAAGAUGUCACUCUCACUAUCCUGUUACUUUUGUUUAACCUUCCACCUUCAUAAAGCAUUUAAUUUGAACACAGGUCUGAUCAGCCAGAAGCACUGAAAACACCUCUGCGGGUAUACUGUGACUUUAGCAUGUAAAUAUUAAGCUUUGCGUGACUAUGAAUAUAAAACAUUUAAACUUUCUUUGUAUCAUCAUAAUGUAACUCUCAAGACAUCAGAUAAAGAUUCUCCUAUAAUUCAGUUGAUCAAAAAAUAUCAGUUGUUUGUUUUAUGUUUGUAAGAUUUUGCUGCACCAGCUUAUUGAACCAUGUUGACUGAAUUUCUGUCACAAAACAUUGACCUUCAUUAACUGAGCUUUACAUAUUUCAAUACAAUAAAUAAAAACAUUG